AUGUUUCCUCGCUGCUCUCUCCUCCUGCUCGUCGCCUUCGCCCUCUCUUCGGUGGCGGCCAAACCGGAGCCUCAGCUCGGCAGUCCGCUCGCCACCAACGACAUGGCGCUCGUCAAGGGCCCGCUCGUCAACCUGCGCGACCUGGCCGAGAACGACAUGGCGCUCAUCAAGGGCCCGCUCAUCAAUGCUCGUGGCGAGAUCAUGAGCCAGCAAGAGGCACUCGAGAUGGCGCAGGAUGCUCCGACUGUCGAUGCGGGCGCUCAGGGCAACCCCAUCAACGGCGAAGGCAUGCAAGUGCAUCUCGGCAUGCCCGCGCUCAAGCAGUCCGCCGAGCGCGUGCAGCAGAUGGCCGUCGAUGCCGCGAAGCACGUGCGCAUCAAGGGCUAUGCUGGCGGCGUCAAGAAGGGCGCGGAGAAGAUGGCGGAGAAUGUCGAGCCGGUGGGCGAGGAUGCGCAGGGUCUUGGCAUGGCCGCCGUGCCGCUGCAGCGCCGCAGCGAGGUGUGCAAUGCGGACAACACGGGCGUCGUGCGCCCGCGCGACGGACAGCAGGUCGCCGUCGGCGAGAACGUCGAGAUCUUCUACUGCGGCGGCCAAGACGAGUACUCGCGUUCCUCCGACAUCGACAUCUACGUGGACCGUCAGAUCCUCAAGGCCCAUCAAUACCCCGACAACCGCGAUGCCGACACGCGUGACGGCUGGAGCAGGUAUCACUUCUACCUUCGCUGGCCUCAAACGCGUGAGGGCCAAGUGACGAUGGAGAUCGUCGAGAAUGCGCGCGACUACAACGGCCGCACCAUCUCGGGCGUCGCACGCACCGAUGUGCACCUGGACGUCGUGCGCGGCAGCCACUACCAAGCCGACGCCGCCUCGCACCAGCAGCGCAGCCUCGGUCCUCGACCGGCGGCGCCAGCAGCCGAGGCGCCCGACGCGCUGCCCGACACGCACGGCCUGCCCGGCGACGCGCAGCUGCAGGACGCGCAAGCCGAGGCCGAAGGCCUGGGGCGCGGCAUCAAGAUGAUGCGCCGCGGCAAGAAGACGCAGCCUUAUGCCGCUGAUGUCUAA